GUAUAAUAGUAUCUUGUACUCAUUAGUUAUGAAUCUGUUGUAGUAUAAUCUGUGCAGUAAAUAUAUAUUCUAUGGCGUUUGUUUUUCUUGAAAAUAUUGUUUUAACUCUACAUUUCUUGUUUUCAAGUAUUGCACCACGAAGGAUAUUAACAAAAUUUACAUUCGUUUUAAGUAAUUCACUCUAUUACACGCUACUCUUGGUUUGUUCAAAAAUUUAAUCCAGAUAAUGGAGGACCUCGCAAAGCUAAGGAAGCAAUGCAUGGACAGUCUCUAUUUGUGUACGGACGAUGCACUAAAAUAUGUGGCCGAUGGCAAGGACGAGGAAUUAACUAAAUUAAAAAAUUGCGUGCGUGAUUAUUGUUUAAUGGAAGCCAGGCAAAAUUUUGAAGCCCAAGCACUGGAAAUGAUUAAAAGAGAAACUGAUGCUUCAAAUUUGAACUCGCUGGAAGAAAAAUUCAAUGCUCACCUUAGCCUUAUGCUGGCGCAGCAAAGGCUAAAUGUAGACAAUCAUACCUUUAUGCAGCAGUUUGAGAGAAGAGUUAGAAAUGGUCUACAAACUGUUUCACAGAACUUGGAUGAAUCAGAUAUAGCAAUAACAGAAACCCAAGAACCAUGUCUGGAUCCGAUAACAAAGAAGCCCAUCGAGGAGCCGGUGCGCAACAUGCUGUGCGGCCACGUGUACGAGCAGGCGGCCAUCCAGCGGCACAUCAGCAACAGAAGCAGAGCCAAGUGCCCGGUGGUUGGGUGCGGAAACUCAGAGCCGAUACAGAUGAGCCACCUCGUGAACGAUGAUGAGAUGAGGAUGCGUUUAUCAGCACAGCAGUCAGCCUCUCGCAGAUACUAGAUUUAAAUCAUAAUAUAUGUACUUAAUAUAUGUACUUAUCUAAUGCAGGGCGCAUUUUUAUUACCACCGCCGCCAUGUAAUGUAACGACCGACCAACCACACUGUACUUUUUCCAACUUGUCUUUUAAUGAAAAAAGCUUUCCAUUACAAUUUAGUCUUAAUUAUGCUUUAAUAUUUAUUUAUGCAACUGUUUAUUACCCCCUUUUUAAACAAAAAUGUGGGAUUAUAGUUGUAUGAUAGUAUCACUUGAGUGUUUUAAUACCUAAUUAAACAUACAGUUGCAUACAAUACUUUAUCUACACCAAUAAUAUGAAUCCUCUAUAAAAGAAUCUGUAACAAUAAUCUUACUGUUGUUAAAAGUGGGGUUAAAUGUAGAUAAAAGUACCAAAAAGAUAGCUUAAAUUAUAAGACAAAUAGGAAAAACUAGUUAUUGACUAAUUUAAAUUAUUCUACCUGGCAAAUAACAAUAAAAAUACGCCCUUAUUAUGCUUCAGGA